GUGCAGGAGAAUUCCCCAGGCCAUCUUGCAGGACUGGAGCCAUUCUUUGAUUUUAUCAUCUCAGUUUGCAACACUCGGCUGAACAGGGACAACGACACUCUGAAGGAACUGCUGAAGAUCAACGUGCAGAGGCCUGUCAAGAUGCUGCUGUACAGCAGCAAAACGCUGACCGUGAGGGAGACCACCGUCACGCCCAGCACCAUGUGGGGGGGCCAGGGGCUCCUGGGUGUCAGCAUCCGCUUCUGCAGCUUUGAAGGAGCCAAUGAGAAUGUUUGGCAUGUAUUGGAAGUUGAACCAAACUCUCCUGCUGCCCUGUCUGGUUUGAGGGCUCACGUGGACUACAUCAUCGGAGCGGACACCGCCAUGAACGAGAGCGACGACUUGUUUUCGCUGAUUGAAACGUACGAGGGCAGGGAGCUGAAGCUUUACGUUUACAACACAGACACGGACAACUGCAGGGAGGUGGUCAUCACCCCAAGCCCAGACUGGGGUGGAGUAGGCAGUUUAGGGUGUGAGAUCGGCUUUGGAUACCUGCACAGGAUACCUAUGCUGCCAUUUACAAAGGGAAAGAAGAGCAGCUUCCCCGCACCGGCUCAGGAUGAGGCAGCUUCAACGCUUAAAGACGGCUUCACAGAGGUCCCUCUCACUGCUGUCAUUCCAACCGUUCCAGUGGUCGUGACAUCCGUUUCUAACGGAGUGGACCGCUCUCUAAGCAGCUCCAGCCUGACCGACGUGCUGACCACUUCACCAAAAGGAGGUCCUGGUGUAUCAGUGCCCAGCCAUGUGACCCAGCCACAGAGUGUCCCACAGGCUGUUAGCGCCGCUCCAACACUACCAGGCUUAAUGCAACUUCCCGGAGGUCUUCCAGCCUUUCCUAACAUGCCAAAUCUAAAUGUCAGCCACGUUCUGUCCCCUGGAGUUGGGUUACAACACACAGGUGUUUCAAAGCUUCCUCCUCUGAACCUGCCUGGUGCAGUCCCCGGUGUUCCUCCACCCGUCACCGCUUAUGAAGAGCCAGUGAUUACACACAAUCCCACACGUUCCUGUUCCACCACCCAACUGAACAGUUCACUGAGCCCAACACCUGCAGCAACCUGUGACUCCAUAAACAUCCCAGUGUCUGUGGACUCCAGCUAAUACCACCUCACUCAAGUCCAUUUAAAAAAAAAAAAAAGAAAAGCCACCAAAUCUCUUAUUCUGUCAUUUUAAAUGUGCACAUGAACUCCAGGAGGAUGCUACAUCUGAAAUGCAGAUUAGGUUUAAAUGCAAACAACAAAACAAAACCUUUUCACUUUAACCCUCCAGCUGAGUUCAACCAAUCCGCACAAAAUGAAAUACAAUUCAAGCACAGCGAUUAUGCAUUUCAACUUACCUUAAAAACCAUAGGUCAUAAAAAUGUGGAAGACUGGUUACUUCGGUGUGUACACCAUUAUCGUUUUAUCUUCUCGGGAAAUUUACUCAAAAGGAGUUCAGAAGGUGAAGCUUUCACCUUAAGUGGAAAAUCGCUUCCUUGCAGCAUUGUCAUAAAACAACUGUUUUGUACAAAAAAAAGAGUAAAUAAGUGCAAUGUUAUUACCUGGUUUUACAGAUAUUUUCUCUGUCAUCCUUCUGUCCUUUCAUGCUUCAUCAUGUGCAUCCUCUGUACCACGAAAAGCCAGAGGGAGACAGCACAAUGCCAAAAUACAAAAAGGUGGUCGACCUCAGGUUUUACGGGUCCAUUAUCAGAUCCUGGUCUAUGAAACCAUUCACUGAAUUUCCUGGCAUUUAUUAUUCACUCUUAGCAGAACUGUACAAUUUGUACCCAAAGUGGAACAUACAGCCCUUUUAAAAAGUAAGAGCAACACAGCAGCAAAAUGAAAACACUCCAGGAAACUCGUGUUACGUUGGGAAAACUUUUAACUCUUUGUACAUGUUACUGCUGAAGCUCAAAAUUUUGAAAAUUUGCCUAUACAGCAUGUACAGUUUCCAAUUCUGUUAAUAUUCCUGAAUAGGGUUUUAUACAUGUAUCUUUUUUUUCUACUUUUGGUUACUUUGUGCAUUAAACAUGUAAGAUUGCUGCUCCAACCUACAUUACACUAGAUGUCACUUUUAUGCUACACGUUACAUUCUCAUGGCUAAGUAGCUCAAAUUAAAGCCUAACAUUUGUGGAAAAACAAAAAAUUGGUUCCAAAAAAAAAAAAGUGAAAUCUCUGUAGUUCUAAUUAAUGACGGUCUUCUCCUCACAGUAAAUGAACUUCUAGCAGCUGAAUAAUUUGCAUCCUGGCAGGACCAUGUUAUUUUACCUAAAUGGCAGGCUGCAAAAUCUCCCCUUCAGCCCUUUAAGGCUUCAUCCAUCUGCAACAUCUCAGAGUUCAGUCACAUUUUCUUCAAGGUACAAAGUCAGUUUCAGUGCUUUUGUCGGACCCUCAAAACAAUCCUUUUACUCGUGUCCUUUGAAUCAUCCCUUCACUCUUCGUCCUCUGAUGGAGUCCUGGUUAACGUGUAGGAGAAGGUCAGAGGAGGCCAUUAGAAAC